AAGCCUGUAGAAGAGUAUUUCCCUUGCUAGUAAAACCAACCACGUAUAAGAACCACCCACCACAACUACUGAUGCUUCUCUCUCUCUCCCUCUUCUAAUCUGAACAACAACAAUGAUAAUUUAGUAAAAGCUCUGCUCCUGUAAUCUUGUCAGAUUAAAUUUUUUCUUUACUACUAAUAUACUCCUGUACAUACAUACACAGAUGUAUUAACAGUUUCUUUAUAUAACAUGAUUCAGAUGGAAAAAUUCUUUUCAUAUAUAAGGUGAAACUCCAGACCGGACCAGACCCACAUCCUCUGGAGCUUUGAACUUUUGGAAAGAUCAAAGCUUUUGAGGAGAAUGAUCUUGUUUCAACCAAGAUUCUAAGGUCUUUUUGGGUGAUUACUGAUGGGUUCUUCUUAGGUUGGUAUUCAAUUGUUGGAUUGUAAAGUUAUGGAUUUUGGAUAUGUAUUGUAAAGAGAAAGUUGGUGUCUUUGGAGGAGUAGAGUUGCCCAAAAUAUUUGUGGGUAAUUGUUUGCGUCUUUGAAUAUGGAAGGACAAAUGGCUAAUGGUGAUGAGUUGUUGGUGAAUAUAGAAAAUGAAGUGAAAUUAGAAGAAGAUGACGAAGAAGAUUUUUGUAGCUGUUGUGAAGAUGAGGAGGAGUUGGAAGGUAAGGAGGAAGCAACUAUGGAGGGAGAAGAGGAUGAAGUAACAGAGGACGAGAAGGAAUCAGAAAGGGAAAGUUGUGAAUUAGUUCUUGGUGAACAUUCUGUAAAAUUGUUCUUUAAGGGGAUUUCUGUAUCUGGUCCUGGAGAUUCUGGUUGCAGGAUAUCAGGAAUUGGAGUGGUUAUGGAGAGGGCAGGAAGUGAUCCUCCUAUUCAAAUCCAGAAAAAGCUUGAUUUUUAUGUGGAAGAAUUUGUGGCAGAUUAUUUGGCUUUGAUGGAUGGACUACUGGAAGCUGUGAAGAACAAGAUUAGAAAAGUUUACGCCUUUACUGACUCUGAGAUUUUAUACCAGCAGAUUAUGCAUGAAAAGAGCCUUGAUAAUCCUCUCCUCAUGGCAUUGCGGCAGAGGAUCCUGGAUCAUGCUAAUGAUCUGGAAGCUUUUGUUCUGAAACUUGUCCCUAAUACUGGUCUAGCAAAGGCGUUGGACUUGGCCAAAGUAGCAAUAGGGGUUGUUUCUUCCCAUGUUGAAGGAGAUGAAUCAACUGAAAAUUGUCCAAUAUGCUGUGAGGAUAAACUUUUAAUGAUGGUUACCACAUUGAAAUGCACCCACAAGUUCUGUUCUCACUGUAUGAAAACUUAUGUCGAGGGUAAACUCCAAUCUGGUCAAGUCCCCAUUAGGUGCCCUCAGCUAAAAUGCAAGUACUUAAUCUCUGCCUCUGAGUGUAUAUCUUUUCUCCCACUUAACUCUUAUGGAUCGUUAGUGAGGGCCCUUGAAGAAGCAAAUGCUCUCAACUCAGACAAGCUUUACUGCCCAUAUCCAAAUUGUUCUGUUCUUCUGGACCCUCAUGAAUGUAUGUCAACUCGGGCUAGUUCAUCAAGCCCGUCAGAGAAUAGUUGUGUGGAUUGUCCAGUUUGUCAGAGGUUCAUGUGUGUGGAUUGUAGGGUCCCGUGGCAUUCUUCAAUGACAUGUGAAGACUACCAAAAUCUCCCUUUGGAGGAGAGGGAAGCUGGUGACAUAACUUUGCAUCGCCUGGCACAAAAUAAGCGAUGGAGGCGUUGUUCCCAGUGCAGGAGGAUGAUUGAGCUCACACAUGGAUGCUUUCAUAUGACAUGCUGGUGUGGGCAUCAAUUCUGUUAUUCUUGUGGUGCUGAAUACAGCGACGGCCAACAGACAUGUCAAUGUGCAUUCUGGGAUGAGGAUUAUUCUCAAGAUUUGGCAACUCAACCGACACAACAGUUUGAGCAAUGGGCAUGGGACUCAUUCGAGUCGCUGCCUAUGAUGAUGGAUGCAUAUUCAGAUGAAGAGAGAUCUCAGCUGGCUUUGAUCCAGAGAUUUCUCGCUGGUGGAUUCAGUCUUACAGACCACCAAGGUUACCAAUCCCCACCACGUUGUACAGAUUCUUAUGUCGAUGCCAUGAAGGAUCUCCAUCAGCUUCCAUGGCUAGAACGGUUCGUGUCUGUGAUCAGCGACAAUUACUAUGAAGAACAUAUCCAGUGAAGUAUAGAAAGAUCUGAAGCCAUUUAGCAUUUGUAAAACACUUUUCACAUUGGGAGAUAAAUGAGUAUCUCACUCUCUAGACUCCUUGAAUAGUUGAGCAAAUAGGCCCCUUCAUAAUGUCCUCUUUCAUUUGCUUCAUGCUAAAAGAGCUGUUGGGCCUUUUCCCCCUCUCCUCUUUCCAUCCCAAUUGUAUGAUGCAUUGGAAGUUGCAAAGAAAACUGAUGAGCAGAACAGCAUAAAUCGAAGUAGACAUUUAUACUCA